AUGAUAGCAAAUACGCCCGAUGGAUUUAUAGAUUUUAUACAUUGCUUAUCACUGAGCAAAUAUCGUUCAGAGGUGAUGAAUAUGUUUCGUCUCCGAUAUUUAAAACAGUUCUCAUUGAUAUUCACAUUAGUCAUCGGCACUUUGAAGGCUCAAGAUACUGAUCCACCCAAGCCCAAGUUUCCAGAUGUAUUUCAAGUCGAAGUUCAGGGAAUACUUAGAGACGAAAAAGUGGAAGUGGAUGGUUCCUUAUAUUACGAUAGGCUUACUAACAGAGCAGCUUUGCACUAUAAACAUCAAAAUGAAUUUUCAAUAAGCAUCUAUAAUUUCAAUGAUAACCAGUUGAUGUUUAUUAAAGAUUUCACUUGUAAUGUUAAAGAAAUACCGGCAACUGGGAGCCUCUUUCCCUACUCUACAGAUGGACAAAAUAAAACCCUUAACCCAGCGGAAGAAUUCUUUUACUUUACUACUUCGGUGUUUGACCGAGAAGAAGAAUCUUUGUUUCCAUCUUAUGUAUUUAAGGACACUAUUAAUGAUACUCGAUAUGGACUUCUUAACUGCAAUGUUUUUCACAUUUUUUCCAAGCCAGAGUUUGAAUUACCGGACUGCGACAGUCACACGUGUAAGCCGACUAUGAUUUCCCUUUCGUUGAAGUGUCCACCACUGGACCCGGACGAGGAAGAAAUGCACCAUUCUUACAACUUCUUCAGAUUCAGGUCAACUAUCAUCGAUGAAAACGUGUUUCAGCCACCGGUUGGUCUCCAUUGCAAUACAAUCUCUCGCAAACCAUUCCCGGAUUUUCCUUCCUAUUACAGCUUCUCCUACAAUCUCAUCAAAGAGCAAAAAGAGCCAGGGAAUGAAGGAGGAGGCGUCUACACAACUUAUAAAAAAGUUUGGCAUGAUACAAAAUUGAAAUUAAUUCGAGUUGACGGGUUUGAUAGCCAAGGACUUUUACAAGAUACUAGAAUACUCGAUUUUUAUGGAAAGGUUUCAUACACUGUUAUUGCUAGAAUACCAAUAUGCCAAGCAGACGUUCUAGAUGAAGAUAUUCCCUUUUAUGAUAUCACUUUGCUACCAAAGAUAUUUUUCUCUAAGAAACCAGAAGACAGGAAAGAUGUCGUAUACAUUGGAAAAAGAAGCGUUCAUGGAAUGGAUUUUGAUGUUUGGACACAAUCCUAUGAAGUUAGAGAUGCUCAAUCCACAGUUGUUCUAGAAUUCUACUUCACAGAUAAUGCUCCACAGGCUGAUGAUGAACAUGACAGUAAUUAUUUUCAAAUAUCACACGUUGACGCGUAUGCAUACCAAAGGGAUGAUACUACGGAAAUUUCUGAGUUGGUUGGACUGACGUAUACGUCAAUAAGCAAUUUCCGGUCAAAACAAAAAGAAUGGGAAGCCUUUGAUGUGUCCUCAUGCUAUGAUGCUGACAAGAAGAAAGGUUUUCGUUUGAAAGUAGAUGGUCCACCGAUGGUUAAAAAUAGUUACGAAUAUGAAGAAGUCUUGGAAAAAUUCUACGGAAAAAUAAUGGAUGAAACAGAUGCCUCAGUUAUUAGGAUUAAUCAGCUUAAAGGAAAGUUUGACGGAAUUUACCUCACGGAGUUUACUGGUUGGAUACUGGAAAAAAUAGAAAUUGAUGGGACCAAAGUAAAUAAAAAUGAACCUGGCAUGGAAGAAAUGUUCAAAAUAAUAGAAAAAGCUGCAGCUGCUGGAAAGUUUACCAUUGUUAUUGUAAAAGAUAAUCAGGAAAAAACAUACCAAAUUACAUCUAUGACAAACAUAAUCCCUGAGGUCGAUCCGCCAAAGCCAACGUUUCCAGACAUAUUUCAAGUGGAAGUUCAAGGAAUAUUCCACACUGAGAAACGAGAAAUGGAUGGUUCCGUAUUCUACGAUCGACUCAAUAAUAGAGCUGUGAUGUCAUAUACUUACCAAAAUGAAACAACAAUCAGCAUAUUCAAAUUCAAUGAAAACAAAUUACUGUAUAUUGAAGAUAUUGAUUGUACUGUAUCUGAGAUAGAUGAAAAUUCGCCAACUUUCUUUCCCUUCAGCAUUGAUGAAGUCACUAAAAAGAAAAUCAUAUCCACACCUGACGAGAUUUUUUUCUUCACCAAAUCAAAAUUUGACAGGCAGGACUUUACUAUGUUUCCAUCAUAUAUUUUUACAGCAGUUCUUAAUAUAACUAUGUAUGAUUUAUAUAACUGUGACGUUCAGCAUGUAUUCUCAAAGCCAGAAGUUGAAUUACCAGACUGUGACAGCCAUACUUGCAAACCUACUCUGGCAUCUGUCUCUGUAAAAUGUCCACCUCCUGACAGAGAACGAAACGAAGUGUUCCACACUUAUAACUUCUAUCGAUUCAGAUCUUACAUCAAAGACGACAGCGUGUUUCAGCCACCUGUUGGUGUUCACUGCGACGUUCCAAGUGACAAAGCCUUUCCAGACUUUCCUGAAUAUUACAGCUUUUCUUACGACUCGGUUGAAGAACAAAUGAACUCUGGAACGGAAUCUACCAUUCGAUCUAAGUACUUAAGAAUUUGGCAUGAUACCAAAUUAAAAUUAGUUCGAUUGGACGAGUUUGAUGACGAAGGUUUCAUAGAAGGAACUAGAAUAUUUGAUUUUUAUGGCAGAGUAUCUUAUACUAUUACUGCCAUAUCGCCCAUGUGCAAAGCAGUAUUUCUUAAAAGAAACACUCCUUUAGAGGAGAUUACUCCAUUGCCAAAAAUCUUCUUUGCAAGAACACCUGAAGAGAAGAGUGCUUCGUAUGUAGGAAAACACAUUCCGGAAGGUCAGAAAGCUGAAAAGAAAUAUUUAAGGAUCUCACAUGUUGAUAAAUACACGUAUCAAACAAAUAGUGAAACUGGAAAAGACGAGCUUUCCGCUACUGAAUAUUUAUCAUUCAGCAAUUUCAGAACCGGACCGAAAGAAUGGGAGGCAUUCGAUGUAGCUUCUUGCUUCAAUGCCGAUCAAAAGAAGGGAUUCCGUUUGAAAGUGAAAGAAUCCAUUGCACUUAACAAAGAACAUGACAUGUAUAAGACUUACGAAUUGAUUGAAAAAGCUGCUGCUGAAGGAAAACUCACAAUCGAAAUUAAUAAAGAUGAAAUUUACAAAGUGACAGAUAUUACAGAUAUAGUUGGACGUACAUUGGCUGCUAUUGCUAUUGUGACAUUGCUAAUGGGUGUCGUUUUUGGAAUCUUGGGAUAUUAUGCAUACUUAAGAAACAUCAAAGGGCCACAAGAUGCACCCGGAAUUAUAUUACAGACUGUAAAAUAA